AUGGACAGUCAAACGGUAACAUCUUCAGGUACGCUAGCUGAGUACGUGGUCCAUCCUGCAACGUGGCUGCAUAAAUUAUCGGACACAACAGAUUGGGGUAUCGGUGCUUUGAUUGAGCCUAUGAGCAUAGCCCUUUCUGCUCUUAGGCGUGCCAACUUACAGCUUGGACAGGCGUUCAAGGGUAUCAAGCCUGAUGUUGCAUUCGAGUGCACGGGGUACAGUAUGCCCAUACAUACUUGCUUGGGUGUUCUUGAAGCAGGUGGAUGUUUAGUGCAAGUGGGCAUUGGCGCACCAGUGAAUGAGCUCUCUUUUUCUGAGCUCCUCCACCGACAGGUGGAUCUUCGAUUUGUCAUGCGAUCAAAUUCAUGUUUUGAAGACUGUAUCCGUCUCGUAGAGAAUGGCGUGGUGGAUCCAUCUUUGUUAAUCACACACGUCUUUCCAAUUCAGCAAGCAUCAGAAGCGUUCCGCACAUUGUCUCAGCCAGAAUCGGGAGCCAUAAAAGUCCACAUCGUGUGUUGA